AUGGAUAGGUACAUUCGUAUACACCCGUAUGAUUCAUAUUUCGAGGAUGAUUUUGGAGCGGGUCCAGGAAAAUUAUCAUCGACAGCACUUACGAGACUAAAGUACUUUGAUGACGACGGAAAAGUUUCAUCUAGAAGUGGACGAGCCUGCGAGGAUUUAUCUAAGCCUCUAAGGUGA